CCAUCACUGAAAAAGAAUGCGUCCGUGUCUAUUACUCUCCUCUCUCAAAUAAACGUAACAUAGAAAUGGAGACUUUCCGUUUAACACCGUCACACGCGCCGCUUCUCCGUUCAAACCACCGUGUCAAAUUGAAUCCAAGCACGCCCUCCGGCCUCCACAAACUUCCAAUCAAACCGUUCAUAAAUGCCGCCAUUUCAAAACAAGCAGCAGAAGUCCCUUCAAUGCCAACACCAUCACCGACCACCAACUCCACCACCUCCUCCGCCGCCUCCACCACAUCAUCAUCAUCAUCAACAACAGUAUCUAGUAUUUCCUUGAAUAAAGUUUCACCAAAUUCUCUGCAAUACCCUCCUGGAUAUCUUGGGGCAGUACCUGACCGUGCAGUUAAUAAUAAUGGAGCUAAUGAUAUUAUAAAUGCGAUGGGAUACUUGACUAAUAUAUUGUCGUCUAAAGUUUAUGAUGUCGCUAUUGAAUCUCCUUUGCAAUUUGCUCCUAAAUUAUCUGAGAGAUUAAAGGUUAAAGUUUGGCUCAAAAGAGAGGAUUUACAGCCGGUUUUCUCAUUUAAGCUACGCGGAGCUUAUAACAUGAUGGCAAAACUUUCAAAGGAACAGUUGGAAAAAGGGGUUAUUUGCUCGUCGGCUGGAAAUCAUGCCCAAGGUGUUGCAUUAGCUGCUAAGAGACUAGGAUGCAAUGCAGUGAUUGCUAUGCCUAUAACUACUCCUGAGAUUAAGUGGCAAUCUGUUGAGAGAUUGGGUGCAACAGUUGUUCUAGUUGGGGAUUCAUAUGAUGAGGCACAGACAUAUGCUAAGAAAAGGGCCAAAGAGGAGGGUCGAACAUUCAUACCUCCUUUUGAUCACCCAGACGUUAUCAUGGGACAAGGAACUGUUGGGAUGGAAAUUGUUCGUCAAAUUCAAGCACCAAUGCAUGCAAUUUUUGUGCCUGUAGGGGGUGGUGGGCUAAUAGCUGGUAUUGCUGCAUAUGUGAAGAGGGUUAAUCCUGAGGUAAAGAUCAUUGGGGUGGAACCCUCUGAUGCAAAUGCAAUGGCACUGUCCCUACAUCAUGGUGAGAGAGUGAUGUUGGACCAGGUUGGAGGUUUUGCGGAUGGUGUUGCAGUUAAAGAGGUGGGUGAAGAAACUUUCCGUUUGUGCAAGGAAUUAAUAGAUGGUGUGGUUCUUGUAAGCCGUGAUGCUAUUUGUGCCUCAAUAAAGGACAUGUUUGAGGAGAAAAGGAGCAUUUUAGAGCCAGCAGGUGCCCUUGCCCUUGCUGGAGCAGAAGCAUACUGCAAGUAUUAUGGCCUUGAGGGCAAAAAUGUUGUGGCAAUAACCAGCGGGGCAAAUAUGAAUUUUGAUAAACUGAGGAUUGUAACUGAACUUGCCAAUGUUGGUAGGCAACAAGAGGCUGUGCUUGCAACUGUUAUGCCAGAAGAGCCCGGGAUGUUCAAACGUUUUUGUGAGCUGGUGGGACCUAUGAAUAUAACUGAGUUCAAAUACAGAUGUAGUUCUGAAAAGGAGGCUGUUGUUCUCUACAGUGUUGGCCUUCAUACAGUUUUUGAAAUUCAAGCGUUACAGCAGCGGAUGGAAGCUUCACAAUUGAGAACUUACAAUCUUACAUCAAGCGAUUUGGUCAAAGAUCACUUGCGAUAUUUGAUGGGUGGCAGAUUGAAUGUUCAAAAUGAGGUUCUCUGUCAAUUUGUUUUCCCAGAAAGACCUGGUGCUCUUAUGAAGUUCUUGGAUGCAUUCAGUCCACGUUGGAACAUUAGCUUGUUCCAUUACCGGGGGCAGGGUGAAACUGGUGCAAACAUAUUGGUAGGAAUCCAGGUUCCUGAAAGUGAGAUGGAGGAGUUCCAUAGUCGUGCCAACAGUGUUGGGUAUGGCUAUGUUGUUGUAACUGACGACAAUAACUUCCAGCUUUUGAUGCAUUAAUUGGAGCUGCUAUGUGGUUUUUUUUUUUUUUUUUUUUCUUUGUGUUGUGUUGGGUUAUGGUAGGCUCACCACUUGAACUUCUUGGAGCGAGUGUGGACAGAAUGUACAAUAUUACAUCUUUAAUUUAUCUAUAUCUCUCUCUCUAUAUAUAUAUAGCAACGUCGCAAUUUGGCUUUUAUUAA